UCCGACCUGUAACACCUCGAUUUGAGCUCGAAAUCUCCUCCAGAGUGUUCGAACGUUCGAAAUAGUCUGAAUGUGUUUGAUGGUUAUCGAAAUCAUCAUAUCAGCACUUGGUUAUGUUUGAAUCAUUAGAUCUGGUCUCUCCCAUAUGCGUAUGCUAUCGUGCUCUUGUUUCCAGUUUCGGUAACGGUCUUUACGUUAUUUUUAAUUGAAUUUCUAUACCAUCUGAUUUGUUAAUCGUGGUUAUGGGUUUGCCAGAUUCAUUAGUUAAUGUCUUAUUGCUAUUGAUACUGUUGGGUAUUACUUUGUUCGGCGCUCAAUUGAUUAGUUAUUUGUUUUGGUUGGUGUUUCGUUGAUUGAGGCUUGGUAGAUCUUUAUUUUUUGGUUGCCUCUCCAUUGUUCAGUAAAAUGUCUGAGCAAAAGACUCAUUCUGGUUCCGGUUCUAGUUCUUCUGUUACGGGUAGUUCGUUCAGUUCUUCACGGUUUCAGGAAAAGCUUUCUAUUACCUCCACCCCAUUGAAUGGUAAAAAUUAUCCUGUUUGGGCUAAAGCAGUUGAAGUUUAUUAUUUGGGCUAGACACAAUAUCAUUAUUUGAUUGAUGAUCCCCCCACAUAGACUGCUUCUACUUACAAGGCAUGGAAAUCUCAGGAUGCCCGAAUUCGAUCUGAGUUGUGGAAUAGUAUGAAAGAACAUAUUGCUAGCACGCUUGUUAUCUUAGAAACUACCAAAAAGGUAUGGACAGAGGCUCAGGAGAGAGAGGUAUUCUGGUGUUAACAAUCUCCGUCGGACGUAUGAUCUUCAUUGGUUCUUCUUUUCUGUAUCCCAGGGUGAUUUAUCUUUGAGGCUUACUAUGCCAAAUUUCGCGGUAUUUGUGAGGAACUCAAUAUUUGUGAGCCUAUUUCAUCUGACAUUCAGGUUAUGCGACGUCAGCGUGAGCGUAUGCAGGUUGCCCGAUUUCUAUAUGGUGCAUCAUCCACCUAUGAUCCUGUUAGUCAGCUCUUGGGGUCUCGAGAUUUACCUUCUCUUAGUGAGGUAUUUAGUCGCCUUUGUCAGUCUUCUGUAUCUGUGUCUACGCCUGCCCUUUCUCUUGAUGGUUCAGCAUUAGCUUCCGCUGUUUCUGGUAGUUUUGGCUCUUCCUUCAGCCGCGGCUGUGGUCGUGGCCGUGAUUCUGGGUUUAGUGAUCGUGGUCGUGAUUCUGGAUUUGGUGGUCUUGGUCAUGGUGUUUAUGCCUUGAUGGUUGUGACUCUGGUUUUGGUGCUCAUGGAGGUCGCAUGUCAAAGGGAGGUGGCCGUGGUCACGGUCGUGAUUUCAAGUUGUGUACUUAUUGUUGAGGCACCAAUUAUACUGUGGAGUAUUGUUAUCAUCUUCACGGGUUUCCUCAGGCUUUUCAGGUUGCGAUCUCUCAGGAUGCUGAAUAGCUUACUCAUUCUUCUGCCAACAAUGUGGUGACUAUCUCUGCAGAGGAAUACCAACGCCUUAUGUCAAUUCAGUCUCCAGCUAUGGUUUCUUCCGCCACUGCUACGCUUGCUCAGACAGGAUCUCCAGGUGGGGAGGAAGAUUGGUGGCGGUGCUAAACAUGGUCGUUUCGGUUGGUAGUUGCGGUUGCCGGUUGGUUUUUUCGGUCGUUGAAGUCGUUUGUUGGUCGUUGAAGUCGUUCAUUGGUUGUUGAAGUUGUUUCGUUGGUCGUCGUUGGUCGUUGCAGUCGUUCGUUGGUCGUUGAAGUUGCAAGUUGGUUUUAUUGGUCGUUGAAGUCGUUUCGUUGUUUGUUAUUGGUCGUUGUUUUAGUGAUUGCUGCUAAUAGUUGAGGUAAUUGUUUCGUUGGUUGCUAUGUAACAAGCUAAAUAGUCUCCAGCUUGUGGGGGUGUGUUAGAAUAUAGUAUUAGUAGUAGUCCCACAUUGCUUAGUUUACUUAUUCAAUAUGUGAGUCAUCUAUAUAAAUAAGAUUGUUAUGUGUUAGGGCUAUUUAACACCCUAUGCACUUUUCCUAUCCUUCCAAACAACAUGAUGCACAGCUGGCUGAAGGUCUAAGUUCCUUAAUCCAAUGACAGAAGGCAGAUAUGGGCCAGCAAUUAUCCAAAUUUCCCACUUGCUGCAUGUGCAUGGAACUUGGCUUAAGAUGGAUAUGAGUCUCGAAGGGAUUAACUUCUUGGCAAAUUCUUCUUAAGGUUGUAUCCCUCCCAAAUACACAGUUGUUUCAGUUGAUAACUUCUUGUAAUUUGGAAGGUAUGCCUUCUACUUCUUUGUCUUUCCAUAAUGUUUGUUCUCCAAUAAAAUUUCAGAUUACCUAAAAACAAAGCAGAAGGUAACCUAAAUUAUUGAACCCAUGUCAAAGAAAGUAGCAAUAUGUGAUAAGUAUCAAUACAGUUGCAUUAUUAAAUGAUCAUACCACCACUAUAUCGUCCUUUCUCAUUUGAA